AUGGUUCGUACAAUUGUCCAUACGACUAGUUCAAAUCAUUUAAAACAUUCACAAUUAAAUAUAAUCGAUAAUCGUUCAUUUAUAUCAUCAUUUAUGUUAGAUAAACAAUGGAAUAAAACAAAUCAAAUAUUUAAAGAAAAAAAUUUCAAUACAAUGAUGUUAUCAUUAUUAUCGGAUCAAAAUAAUGAUAAUAGUGAUUAUAAAUCAUCAUCAUCAUCAUCAUCAUCACCAUUUUUAUUUGAAUAUACAUUUAAAAAAUCAUCAUCAACAUCUUCAACAUUUUACGAUUUAUUAACAAAAAAUUUUACAAAUUAUUAUCAAAAUGUUGAUAAUAAAAUAAAUGAAAAUAAUAAUAAUCUUGAAAAUGUUAAUAAUGAUGAUCAAUUUAUGGAUAAUGAUUCAAUUAAUAAAAAAAAAUAUCGUAAUUCAUGGCCAACAAUGUUAAAUAAACAAUCAACAAUUGCAUCUCUAUCAAAAUCAUUUGAUAUAUUAAAUAAAUUAAAUACAACACUUUAUAAUCAAAAAUCGAAUGAUAAUAAUAAUACAAAAUUAACUUAUACUAAAUAUAAACGACCAUUGCCAUGGUUUCCUAAUGAUAAAAUAAAUCCAUUGCCAUCGUCCAAUACAUGUCAAUUUGCUAAUACAGUUAUAUCAAAUAAAGCUAGAGAAACAAAAAUUAUGAAUACAUCAUUAUCAUCUGAUCUAACACAACAAAAGGAUUAUGUCACACUUGUGCGAGAAUUAGCACAAUUAAGAGAACAAUUAACUGAAAAAGAAGAUGAAGUCAAUGAACUCAAAGCCGAAAGAAACAAUACACGAUUAUUACUCGAACAUUUGGAACAACUUGUGGCUAGACACGAAAGGUCCCUCAGGCUGACUCUACUAAAACGACAACCUCAAGGUGUAUCAUCCGAGGUUGAAGUACUUAAAGCAUUGAAAUCACUAUUUGAACAUCAUAAAGCACUUGAUGAAAAAGUACGAGAGCGUCUAAGAGUAGCCAUGGAACGUAAUACACAGUUGGAAGAAGAAUUAGAACGAACGAGAAACGAUUUAUUAGUUGUGCGUGAAAGUACACAAUCAAAAGUGAUCGAUAUUAAUCAGUUUAAAAGUUUAGCAAAUGGUACCCUAGAUCCUGAUUCAUUAACAGGUAAAUUAGUGGAAAUGCAAGAAUUAAUGGAUAAACAAUGUAAUGAAUUAAUAUCAUCUCGUUCACGUGUACACGAAUUGACAAAUCGUAAUAAAGAACUAGAAGAAAAAUUAUAUAUUAUACAGCGAGAAUUAACUCAUACACAAGAACAAACAAUAAAAUAUCAACGAGAUUUGAAAGAAUCACAAGCACAAAAAGAAGAUCAAGAAGAAAGAAUUACAACAUUAGAAAAACGUUAUUUAAAUAUCCAGAAAGAGACAACACAUUUAACAGAGUUUAAUAAUAGACUAGAAAAUGAAUUAGCAACGAAAGAAACACAGUUAAUACAUUCUGAAGAAAGAUAUCAAGCAUUGCAGGAGAAAUAUGAUUCAACUGAACAAAAACUACAACGUUAUAACGAGUAUGAACAAUCGUCAACACCACAGACUGUACCUUUAUCAACCACCUCGAUUACUACGACAAACGCAUCAAACGAGUCACAUCGACCUUAUUUACAGCAUAUACAAUCGAAUAAUAAUGAUGAUAAAUAUCAUCAAUUACAAAGUGAAUUUGAUGAUCUCAAAAUGGAAUUAACGAGAGCUCGGCAACGUGAAAAAGUGACAGAUGAACAUAGUAAUCGUUUAUCAGCCACUGUGGAUAAAUUAUUAGCAGAAUCAAAUGAACGUCUACAAACUCAAUUGCGUGAACGUAUGCAAGCAUUAGAUGAGAAAAAUCAACUUGUGCAAGAAUGUGAAAAAUUAAAGAAACAACUUGAUGAUACACAAUCAGAAAGGAUAAAACUACUCGAUGAUAUUGAGAAGCUGAAAACAGAAUUAGAUCGCGUGAAACGAGACUUUCAAUCUUUACAAGAGAAAACGUUAAGCAUUGAGCCACAAUCAACUAACACUUUGUCAGCACUUCCUACAGCUGUCACAUCAUCCUCAAAUAUAACUACUUCUACAACAAUUAUCUCAUCGUCGAUGCCAACGUUAAGUUCAAUAAAUGUUUCUUCGUCAUCCACUAUUCCAUCCACAAUUACUACAAACACCAGUCUCUACUUUACACCUCCCAGUAUUGAUCUUUUCACCGAAUCAUUGAUAAGACGGCCUCCACCACCGCCUAUUCAACAACGAACAGUGAAAACAACGACUGAUAUCUAUAAGCCGCCCGAUAUUACUGACUGGGAUAAUAUUGAUCAAGCUCAAGUAAUUAACGAUGUUCGAUUAGCCUUUGAAUCUUCAGAUGUUGAAUUAACGACGGACGAUGAAGAUUCAAUUUAUCAACAUUCAGUUGAUGUAUUACCAUCAGUUACGAGUGGACAGCAACUUUCACAUUAUCAUCAUUCAGGCGAUGCCCAAACAUUAGCCCUUAUGCUUCAAGAGCAAUUAGAUGCCAUUAAUAAUGAAAUAAGAAUAAUACAAGCUGAAAAAGUGGAUGCUGAAUUACGCGCGGAAGAAUUAGAAUCACGUGUUGGUACAAAUGUAGGACCCGUCGGUUAUCAUUUGGACGAUGAUGUAAAUAAUCAAGAUACAAUAACAAAAGUGGCAAAUGGAGUAUCAAAUACACAUCCUAUUUAUCUGUCUAACCGACAUUUAAGAAAUUCUCCACCACCUCCAAAUAGUGGACGUUCGACACCGAGGACAUCGCCAAAUAAAACUUAUAAAUUUGCAACUACUCCAUCAGGGAUGUCUUCGUCACAUAUGUACACGUACAACGUAGCUGAUAGUACAAUAAAUUCAGAUCCAAGAACAAAUGAUUAUCAACAUUAUCGCCAUCAUAAUUCUUCUAAAGAUUCAACUACUCCAUAUAAACAAGAUUAUAAAGCUCCAUCAAGAUUUAUUAAAUGUGAAUCCAGUCCUCCAAAUACACCACCACGUGGAUCCUCUACAUCAACAAUUCCAACAACAAACAUGAUACGAACGACAACACCACAUCACCAUUAUCAUCAACAACACUAUCAAAUUGCUUCUUCAAUUCACAAUCAAUAUCGUGCAAAUACAACUGCAUCUAGUCACGAAGAUAUUAGAUCACAUUACUCACCUCCGUCAACGGCUGGCAAUGCCGCUCAUCAAGAUUCUCCUAGCCCAAUAAGUAGUCAAAAUUCAAGUGACGAUUCUAUGUAUAGUAAAAAUCAACAGAAAAAGAAAAGCAUCCGAAAUUCAUUAGGAAGAUUGUUUGGUGGCGCACGAAAACCUAGUAUUGGUGGAGAAAAGAUAAAUAGUAUUCAACAUCAACAGUUACAUCACGAUUAUUCCUCUCCUUAUAUUUCGAGAGCAUCCACUCAAGAUAGUGGUAAUAUUGAUACAAAUGAAUCAUCAACAGGAACACUGUUAAGUUUAGGAAAAACAGAAUUUGAUCGUCGAAUUAAAAAAAAGCAAGAACUUCUUGAAGAUGCUAUCAGAAGUAAACGUCCGUUUUCAUCAUGGGAUGGAGCUACUUUAUCAUUAAGUAUGCCAGCAUGGUACGUGGCCGCAUGUAGAGCAAAUGUUAAAUCGGGUGCAAUUAUGUCUGAACUAAAUGAAGAAGAAAUUCAACGUCAAAUUGGUAUCAGUAAUCCAUUACAUCGAUUGAAAUUACGACUUGCUAUUCAAGAAAUAAUGAAUUUAACAUCACCAGAAGGACCGCGAACAUCUGUUACCUCAUUGGCUUUUGGUGAAAUGAAUCAUGAAUGGAUUGGAAAUGAAUGGUUGCCAAGUAUUGGUUUACCUCAAUAUCGAAGUUAUUUUAUGGAAUGUUUGGUUGAUGCAAGAAUGCUUGAACAUUUGAAUAAAAAAGAUUUGAGUAAACAACUAAAAAUGGUUGAUAGUUUUCAUAGAACCAGUUUUCAUUACGGUAUAAUGGUUUUAAAACGUAUUAACUAUGAUAAAAAAGAGCUAGAUAGACGACGUGAAGAAUCAUCGAAUGAAAAUCAAGACGUUUUUAUAUGGAGUAAUGAACGUGUGAUACAGUGGUUGCAAACAAUAAAUGGUUUAAGAGAAUAUGCGAAUAAUUUAAUUGAAACAGGCAUUCAUGGUGGAUUAAUAGCACUAGACGAAACAUUUGAAGCAAAUUCAAUGGCAUUGGCAUUACAAAUACCUAAUACUCAAACACUUGCACGACAAAUUUUAGAAAGAGAAUUUCGACUUCUAUUGGCAAAUGGAACAGAUAGAAAAAUGGAUGAUAGUGAACGCUCAAAAUUAAAACUAGGGUCGUCGUUGUUUCAGAAGAAGUUUCGUGAUAAUGUAUCAAAGUUGAAACCAUCAAACGGUGAAGUCAAUGGUAAUAGUAUUAUCACGAAUUCAUCUACUAAUAAAAUUAACGGUUCGACUACUGUUGCCGUUGACUAA